CGUAGCUAUAAAAAAUUCAAGCAAUCACAUCUCCCAAAGAUUCUCAUCUGUCUAUAUUUGAUUUCAGAUAUUUCAAGAAAUAAAAUAUCCAGAUACUAUCAAGAUUCCAAGCAUGCAUGCUUCAAGAAACGAUGAAGCUGGACAAAGAGAGAAACCAGAGACAAGCAAACAAUCAAAAGGAAAACGUAGUAUUCAAGCACGAAGGGUUUGUCGAAGGAUAUCGAGGCAAAAAAUUAAUGGAAGAUUGAAGGCUCUCCAGGAAUUAAUUCCCAAUUGCAGCGAGAGAGGCCAAGCAUCAAUCCUCGAUGAUGCCAUCAACUACAUAAAUAACCUAAGCUUCCAACUUCGAAUGAUGAUGUCAAUGAGGGCAAUUUGGUCCACAUUACGGCCCCCGGAUGCAACGAUGCCCCGCACGUACUUCCCAAGUCGCGCGCCCCUGUCGCAAGGUACUGGUGAAAUGAAAUACGAGAUUGGGAUGAGAACGCCUGCAAACGUGUUCUCCUCCGCCAAUUUUCCCAUGGGAUUAAUACCCUAUGAUCCAUCUAUCUUGCCAUCACAACCUCCUCUUUAUUAUAAUCAGAUAUUGAGUCAAUCACAUCCGAUUAGUGGAAGAUCAACGGCUAGAGUGUUGCCAACUCGGAUCGUUCCACCGCUUUAUGAUCAUGACGUUGUUGAGGAUCAAAGCUACUCUGAAUCUAGUGAAUGGUAUAGCGGUUCAGAGACAGAAUGAAAAGGUCGUUUUCUUGCAUUAUUACUAACUAGUAGAAAUAGAUGUAAUUAUUUUUAUUACUGUCGUUUAUUGUUGUAUGCAUGUAAUAAUAUUAUUAGCUUGACUUACUUUUUUCCGA